AAUCGCCACUUCCGGUGAAUUUUUCAAACUUGGAAAAAUGCCGACUUUUAAAGUGAACGUCAGGUGGGGCAAAGAGAAGUACGAGAGCGUUGAAUGCAACACAGAUGAACCGCCGAUACUGUUCAAGGCUCAGCUGUUCGCCUUGUCGGGGGUGAUGCCUGAACGUCAGAAAGUCAUGAUCAAAGGCAUCACUUUGAAGGAUGAUGAUAACUGGGGAACAUUCAAAAUAAAGAAUGGUGCCACUCUAAUGAUGAUGGGAACUGCGGAGGAGAAUGCUCUUAAAGAGCCUGUGGAGAAAACGGUUUUCCUUGAGGAUAUGUCAGACUCCCAGAGGGCAGCAGCUAUGGAGUUACCAGCCGGUCUUACUAACCUUGGAAAUACAUGUUACAUGAAUGCAACGCUACAGUGUUUUAGAGCAGUACCUGAACUGAAAGAAGCCCUCAAAAACUACCAGGGGUCCAUGUCAUUAUUGGGUGGUAUGGAUGAACAAAUGGACCCGCAAAAACAGAUCACUGUAGGUAUGCGAGAUGUGUUCGAUAUGAUGGACAAAAGGUCUGAACCCAUUCCACCAUUUAUAUUUCUACGAAUACUACAUACAGCAUUCCCGCAGUUUGCGGAAAAAACUGACCAAGGAGGUUAUGCUCAACAGGAUGCCAAUGAAUGCUGGACACAGAUGAUGAGAUGUUUACAACAGAAGCUGCCUACUGAGAAUGUGGGGGACACUGCAUUAGUUGCCUCAGCCUCAGGGGGAACGUCAGGAUUUAUUGACAAAUAUUUUGGCCUCGAGUUGGAGACUACUAUGAAAUGUGUGGAGAGUGAAGAAGAAGAACCAACACAUUCAAAAGAGAUACAGUUCCAACUUAGCUGUUUUAUUGAACAAAAUGUGAAGUACAUGCAUACAGGAUUAAAGUCACGAUUACAAGAACACAUUACAAAACAUUCACCGUCAUUAGGAAAGGAUGCUGCAUACCUCAAAUCUAGUUUGAUAUCAAGAUUACCCAGCUAUUUGACAAUACAGUUUGUGCGAUUUUAUUACAAGGAAAAAGAAGCGAUUAAUGCAAAAAUAUUAAAGGAUGUGAAGUUCCCGAUGAUGUUGGACAUGUAUGACUUAUGUACGGAAGAUUUGAAGAAGAAAUUGGUACCUGUUCGGAAUAUAAUGAAGGAGGAGGAGGACAAGAAGUUGGAGAAAGUCAGAGAGGCCAAGGACAAAGGCUUGACUGAAAAAGAAAAGAAGACAAGAAAAGAACCUUUCGCAUUCGCAGAUGAUCCCGGCUCCAAUAACAGUGGUUACUAUGAACUGACUGCCGUGUUGACCCAUAAGGGACGAUCAAGCUCUGCCGGACAUUAUGUGGGUUGGGUCAAGAAGAAAGGAGAUGAAUGGUUGAAGUUUGACGAUGAUGUCGUGUCUCCUGUAAGCGCUGAAGAGAUUCUUAAGUUGUCUGGCGGUGGCGAUUGGCAUUGUGCGUACGUUCUCCUCUACGCCCCACGGGUGCUGGAAAUUGAAGAGGAAGACGCCCCAAUGGAAACGUCGUAGUUCUGACUUGUGUUUUGUGUUAUCAUAACUGACACUGGUUGAGGAGUGAGGGCACAUUGUGUGCUCAACUUAAAAACAAACUGUUCCUGUAUGAAAAAGAUGUGACGCAGAAUUCCAAAUGGUGAAAACCUAGCCUCAUUAUUUACCAAUCUGUUUGUAUGCUGUGUUUAUGGGGCAAAAAAGGCUCUUGUAUUUGGUUCCUUUCAGCUCCUGAUUUCAUCUGCCAUUAUUGUGCCCAGUGAGUCUAUUACUGCUUAUAACCUGAACUACUCACUACUAGUCAGGCUCCUUGAUGGACAGGUUUUAGGCCGAUCAAGCUGUUUACCUAAAAUGGGCAUGGAUAGACUAGCCAGAAACUGGGAGUCUAAUUUCUUGAUCCUAGUAUGUCCUGUAUCUCUGUGGUUGUUAUGUGCUAACACUGAAGUUCAUGACUUAAGUAACUCUAUAUACAUAUUAGUGGAAAUUCAAAAUUACGUUGUAUGGACCAUAUUCUCAUCAAUUAAAAUUUUGUUAAAUUAUGUUCA